AUGAGAGAAGGCAGUGAAGCGUGCCCAUCAAGUUCUUCUGCAACUAGUUCAGACAGGAAGAGAGGAUCAGGUGAUUUGCUGGAUGAUCUGACUCCAAAAAGACAGAAACGCCAUAAGGAUUCAGAUGAUAUGUACCCCAUUCUCAACAUGAAGCAACUCAUAGCCGAUAGAAUUGAUAUCCAGAAACAGGAGAGAUCAGGAAGCUCCGGCAAAAGAAGCAGGGAUUCAUUUGAUUCGGACACAAGAUUAGAAGGGAAAACACUUAGUGGUGAUGACUCAAUUUCCAAGAGAAGGAAGGUUUGGCAUGCUUGUGAGAAUUUACAGUUGAAGAUGCUUGGUCCUUUAAAACUGCCUGAUUAUGUUAAUGUCUUCAAAUAUGAUUAUGAGAUCUAUGAAGAAAUCAUCAAGUUGAACAAGCAGCUUAUGGAAAUAAACAACAAGUUAAGGGAUGAAGGAACCAUUGAGCACUGCCUGGAGGAUGAACAUUCUCCUUCUCCACCGCCAAUUUACAAUGAGGUUGGUAUCAGGAUGAACACGAGAGCUAAUAGGCUCCGGAGAAAACUGAGUCAUCGCAGGCAACAAAUAAUAUGUGAGCUGAAUCACAAAAAUCCUCUCUUUUUACCUCCACUGGAUGACAAACCAGCGAAAUUCACUAGGAAGCUGUACAUACCAGCAAAACAGUAUCCCAAUUACAACUUCAUCGGCCUUAUCAUUGGGCCUCGUGGACACACACAGAAGAGAAUGGAGAGAGAAUCUGGUGCGAGGAUUCUACUACGAGGCAAAGGAUCUACAAGGCUAUGGAAAGGAAAGCAUUUUAAGGAUCGGAAAACUGAACCUUUUGAAGAUGAGGAUUUGCAUGUGUACAUAGAAGCAGAAGAUGAAAAGUCUCUGGAAAGUGCUUCAGAAAUGGUUGAGAAACUACUUGUUCCUGUGUAUGAAGAACUGAAUGAACACAAGCAGGCCCAGCUAAGGGAGCUUGCUGAGUUGAAUUCGGAAAUUUCAAGCGAAGCCCUGCAUACCACAAACCAAAACCAUUUUCCAUGCUACAGCCAUGAUGAUAAAAGACCUGUAACAUCUCCAUUAAAUCCCACAAAAUCAGAUUUUGCAUCAAAAACUGAGAUAAAUUCUCAUAAACCAGCUCUUGCUUCCUUCCUGAACUGCAUGAUUAACCCAGGAUCCGAGGCUUUGUCAUCACAUGAUACCAAGCCAGGGGAUGCAGUAGAUAAAGCUAAACUCUUUGUGGGAUUUCUUCCCGUGUCUGUUAAUACAGAAAAAUUAAUAGAUAUUUUCUCACCUUUUGGAAGCUUAUGCGAAGCAGUCGUUAUCGUCGACCGAAGGACCGGCCUGAGCAAGGGUUAUGGCUUUGUCAAGUACAUUGAUCCUCUCUCUGCUGCAGAAGCUUUGGUUCGAAUGAAUGGCUUCCGAAUUGAAGGAAAGGUGAUUACUGUCCGCAUAGCUGCUCGAGCACCUACGAAUAUCAACACCAUUAUAGGACCUAGGGCUUUUAGGGUUGCUAAUCCAGCAAGUAAUCUGGUUGCGGCAACCAAAUGUCCUUCUGAUCUUCCUCAAGGAGUUACUGAAGGUUGGAAUAAAUGGGUACUGCUUCCACAAACCAAUGGCUUUCCUCUGCGUGCUGGUUCAGUGAACAGAAGGCCUCAUUUUCUUACAAAAUUUACAGAACAGUGUCCCUUAUCAUCCAUGGAGUUUGUGCCGUUCACUUGCUACCAGAAUGCUGCAGAGUCUCUGGAUUGA